CGUUGCUGCCGGCCGGCUGACCAGUGGCCGCGAGUGGCGGCCGCGCCGCGCCGCGUUCAUGUGCACUCAUUUGCAGACGCACCCGGACCGCGCGCUAACACGCAGCGCUCCCCGCGCGUUCUAACUUCAAAUUCCCGCCAAAUAUUACGCGAACUUAUUUCGGCCAAUUACAUUUUUUAUUUUUGUUUCGUUUUCCUUAUUAAUUUUAUGAAAUUCGGUGGUUACGUUUUGCAACACAUGUCGAAUUUUAAUUUGUGAUGCGUUGUUUUACUGUGUUUUUGGUUUUGUUCUUCUUUGUGUUUUUGCAGACUUCGACGGAGGCGAUUCGGUGGCUAGCUUUGCACGAGAGCGAAGGCAACUGGACCGAGAGUGAGUGCGGCGAGGCGCGGCGCAGCGGCGCGCUAUGGGGCGGGCAAGCGCGCGCGUGCCGCCGGCAGCCCAGCGCCAUGCCGCACGUAACGGCGGCCGCGCGCCUCGCCAGGACCGCUUGCCUCGCUGCCAACGUCGGCGAACGGUGGAACUGCUCCGCGGUCGAACUCGCACCCAAGUUUUCUCCUGACUUGCUCACUGGCACUCGCGAACAGGCGUACGUGUACGCGAUAUCCGCGGCGGCCCUGGCGUGGUCCGUGGCGAGGGCAUGCGCCGCCGGCUCCCUACCAGCCUGCUCUUGCGCGGCACCUCCUAGGGCCCCGCCGCGACCGCCGAGGCAAGCUCAAAUCACACCGGCUGAACCUCACACUAGAUUCAAGUGGGGAGGAUGUAGUGAUAACUACCAGUGGGCAGAAAGGUUUGCAAAACAGUUUCUAGACGCACACGAAAUCGAUGUUCGAGACGGAAAUAUCGAGGAUGUCAUCGAAGUAGGUACAACGACCACCGAGUCCAGCACGACCGUAACCAUGGAGCCGACGACCGCGCCCCCUGUGGUGAUACUGGUGGAUGACCAGCCAGAGCCGCCGAACACGACGGUGCCCCCAAAAGGGAAGAAAGGGCGCCGGGGCCGCAAGAGGCUACCACGCUCGCCGCGCCGCGGGAGGCCGACGAGAAAACGAUUCAGAGACAGAUACGAAUAUGAAGAUCGUGGUUCCCGCUCCCGCUACCGCAAUAUCGAGUACCGCAUGGCGGCCGACGACCCUCGCUUCGACCCGCAAGUGGACUUGCGCACGCGCCUCGAACGCCUGCGCCCCCUCAUCGCCUCCGCUAAUCUGCUGAACUACCGCUUUGGAAGAAAGAUGGUAUCAAGCGGCAUGCGUACCAAGUGCACGUGCCACGGCGUGUCGGGCUCGUGCUCGGUGCGCACGUGCUGGCGCGCGCUGCCGGCGCUGGCGCGCGUGGCGGCCGCGCUGGCGGCCGAGACCGGCCGCGCGGGCCCGCUGCGCGCGCGCCGGCGCCAGGCGCGCCGCGCCAGGCCGCGCCUGCGCUACGUCACGCCCAGCCCGGAUUAUUGCGAGCCCGACCCCGCUGCCGGCUCGCUGGGCACUCAUGGCAGACAAUGCAACGCGAGCUUGGGUUCCGGUGCCGGCGGCUGCGGCCGGCUGUGCUGCGGGCGCGGCAGGCGGGCGGUCAGAACGUCGCGGUUAGAACGCUGCCACUGCCGCUACCACUGGUGCUGCCGCGUUGACUGCCAGCUCUGCAGGCUCACCACUGAGGAACACUACUGCAAUUGACUUAAUAUAACAUCGAACCCUCCGAAGAAUUUUCCUAACUGGGCAAAGCUGUACUUUAGCAGUUUAGAAGUGCACCAUCAGCCACCAAGAACACUUUUCUUCAUAACACUAUACUUACCUACUAUAUUUGCGGAAAAUAUUCUUGAGUGUAUCGAAAACUUGAGAGAAAAAUUAAAGAUUUAUUUUCUUGACUUAAAAAAUAUUUUACAUUAUUAAUAUAUAUUUCAGUGUUUCUUCUUCUUUCUCUUUACAAUAUUUCUUCUAAUUUAAAUACUACUAUUUUAACCAAUUAAAUAUCUCAGCCAAUUUUAUCAUUUUCGACCAUUUUCUACAAUCUUUUUCAUGCCAAAGAUAAGUCUACACCAAAAGAUAUCUUAGCUUUCUGUGGUUACAUAAAAUAGGUACAUCAACUAGUCAUUAAAAAUUUACGCUACAAGAUGUAUAAAUCUUUUCACUCGUAGUGCUAGAACUAAAUUAGAUCGUAAGGUUGUUAGCGGGCGGUAUAUUGGCAUAGUUGCCUUAUAUAGCCGUACUUAGAAUAGAAUUUCACCUUCUUCGCCAUUUCUUUGGAGAACUGUUAAUUUAUAAGAAUACUGAUAUUCAUAGUUUAGAAUUUGUCUUGACAAUAAUGUGUUUUUAAUUAAGAAUACCCUGAUACCAUGACGCUAUAAAUAGAGCUUUGUUUGCAUAAAAUAUAUGUAUAUAAUUUUUGUAGAAAAUCAGCUUUGAGUAUCUUCAAAUACCUAAUACUUGUAAUUUUAAGGUAAUUCAUGUUUGUCGUCGUAAGCUACUAUUUAAAGUAGUGUAGUAGAUAUCUUUCUUUUGUUGAAAGAUUUAGUGUAUAAUUUAUUUAUAUUCGUUGUAAAUAAAGUUCGU